AAGACCUGAAUGGAAGUUGAUUUCUAGCACACAACACUGUAAUUUUUUAUUGUCCUCUUUGGAAGUUUGAUUUGCAGGGAAUACGGUCACAAAAACCGAAAAGGCACAAUUAUGAUGCAAUUUCUGUUGGGCUUCACUUUGGGCAAUGUGGUCGGGAUGUACCUCGCUCAAAAUUAUGAGGUUCCCAACAUUUCAAAGAAAAUUGAAGCUUUUAAAAAGGACGUUGAGGCAAAGAAAAAGCCCCCUGAGUGAUGACUGCAAGUGGCGCAUGGCAAGAGGACUUGAGUACAUCAUUCUCCAAUCAAGAAAAGCACUUUCCCAGCUUUAAAACGCCAUUUCAAGUCUGCCUCAGAGUAUCAGACUUCCCAUACACCAUAACCAGUGUAUGAAACAGUGCCUAAACAAUACACGUUCCUUUUGAUCUGAUAUUUAAUAUUUUUAAGACUUGGAUUUUUUUUUUCAUUUUGUUGAGCAAGUUAUAUUUAUUAAAAUUUGACCAUUAAAGACAACCAUGUAAUUUCAACAACAUGUAAUCCCUAAAAUCUCUACAACAUGGAAAUGGUCUGUUGAAAGAAUACCAAAAAGUUGAAAUAUGAUUAAGCUCUUCUCUGCAGUUGUGGCACAGUUAUUCUAUUAAAGGAAUCUGAUAGAUUUGUUUCCUUCUUUUCCUAAUUUACUAUAGAUUAAAAUAUAUCUUAUGAAAAUGCAAAGUGUUGUUACUGCACAUUUGUGUUGGGAUUGCAAAUAUUCAAGACUGUUCAAUUCUGUUUUCAAAACUCUCUAAUGCCUCAUUUUGCCAACAGAGAGGAAAAAACGGACAUUUACCUAAAUGACUGCUGUGAGAAUUCAUAGUGAGACGGGAGUGAUUAUUAUGCUGGAAUAAAUGUACUACUCACAGUUU